CACACUCCCUCCCUGUCCCUUCCUCCCCCUCUCUCUCUUCCUCUCUGUCCCUUUCACUCUCAUUCUCACUCAAGCCCUCACAGUGUUGACAUGUGGCCCUCUAUAAGCUGUGAGUGUGACCUCUCUGGCAGCUGGCGAUGUUAGCUAAGUGGAAGGAAAAGUGUAAAGAAGAGAGAAUGGUGAUGACAUUUCGAGUGUCAGAACUUCAGAUGCUCCUCGGUUACGCUGGCAAGAACAAGACUGGUCGCAAGAACGAACUCCAGAGUCGUGCCAUGGACAUCGUGAGGUUACGUAACCCCGCUAUCCAAGCCAAAAUCAAAGAGUUAUACAAGAGCAUCCAACUAGAGAUGAUGUCGUUUGGUGACAGGUCGCAGGCCGGAGCAGGGGGACCCACCGGAAUACUCCCUGCGCAAAAAGUACCCCUGGGGAUCAACAGCAUAGGGAGCUACACGCAGUCCCCCAGUGUCGGAAGCAUCGGGGGCGUCACGUCAACCCUCGCCUCCUCCCGGUACUCCACCAAUUCCCAAGUGGUGGCCUCGGGGAUAUCGUCCGCCGGCGGCUACUCGUCCAUCUCCUCAAACAGUCACAACUCCUCCUACCCCAUCAACCCGGAUGUCAAAUUGAAAAAGCUGCCGUUCUAUGACAUCCUCGGGGAGCUCCUCAAGCCUUCGUCUCUAGCGCCGCAGAAUUCUGGCCGCUACCAGGAGUCCACUUUCGCCUUCUCCCUCACGCCACACCAGGCCAACAAAAUAGCCAACUCCCGGGACCUGCGGCCGGGCAAGCAGGACUACUCUGUGCAGGUUCAAAUGAGGUUCUGUUUGCUGGAGACGACCUGCGAGCAAGAGGACAACUUCCCGCCCAACAUCGCAGUCAAAAUCAACGAGAAAAUGUGUCCGUUGCCAACCCCAAUACCCACCAACAAGCCCGGGGUGGAGCCAAAGAGACCGUCCAGACCAGUCAACGUCACCGCUCUCUGUCGCAUCUCCCCAACAGUCACUAACAGGAUACAGGUGUCUUGGGCGUCAGAAUACGGCCGGUGCUACGUCAUAUCAGUAUACCUGGUGCAGAAGCUGACCUCAGACGACCUCCUGCAGCGGUUGAAAAACAGAGGGGCUAAGAUCGCAGACUUCACCAGAUCCCUCAUCAAACAGAAGCUUCAGGAGGAUGCCGACUGUGAGAUCGCCACCACGUCCCUUCGGUGCUCGCUGAUGUGUCCGCUUGGCAAGAUGAGAAUGAUGCUGCCGUGUCGAGCCAGCACCUGUGACCACCUCCAGUGCUUCGACGCAUCACUCUACCUGCAGAUGAACGAACGCAAGCCAACCUGGACCUGCCCCGUGUGUGACAAGACGGCCCUUUACGACUGCCUGGUGAUUGACGGUUACUUCCAAGAGGUGCUACAACAGAACUCCAGCUGCAACGAGGUCACCCUUCACAAGGAUGGCAGCUGGACGCCCCUCAUGCCCAAGAAGGAGCAGAAGGAGCCUGAGGUUGAGAAGCAGCGCAAACCCGAGGUGGCCGUCGAGACCCUCAGUGACGACAGCGACGACUACUCCACUGAACAGGACGACGCCCCUAUCGUCGAGGAGGUCAGCAGCAAAAAGAAACCAGUCGACCCAGAGAUCAUCACGCUCACCGACAGCGACGACGAUGACGAAGACACAGCGCCGCCCCCCUCCAAGCGCUCCAACACCGGCCACAACUCCGCCUCGUCCUCCUCGGCGGCCUCCGGUUCUGGCGCGACGGGCAGCACCACGCCCCACGGUUCAGAGGGCACUAAGUCAAAUGAUUCUUGGUGCGUAGGAGAGGUUGAUCCUGGCAAGCGACUCGUCUUUAGGAAGUCCCUCUCGUCCUCGUCCAACGGCACCAGUGGGCUUCUGACUCCGGCCGGCGGCAGCAGUGGUGGCGCGGCAUUCUCGCCUCACUCCUCGGGUUCGGUCAGUCCACAGAUCAUAUGUCUCGACAGCCCCGCCUCCUCCCCCUCCCCUCCCCCACGCCGCCCCACCCAGGACUCCUCUCCAAUCCCCUCCGGCAUUUCCGUCACCCCAGUCGUUUCCUCCGCGACCCCAACAUCAACCCCCUCCGAGACACGUCAGGUUAUCAGUGUGACCUCCCUGAGCCCUCCACCGGCCUCCAGUGCCACCCUCACUCCCGUCAACCCCCCUUCCUCGCCCCCCACCCCUACCACCACCUCCCCCACCACUUCCAGUAGUAGUGGUAGCCCCGCCCCACACACCACCAUCACCAUGCUAUCCACCUCCUCAAGCAGCUCGGGAACGAUCUCCUCAACAAACACGAACGCUGCCUCCCCCUUCCUCCCCCCUGCCCCCCAAGACCCCCUAGCCACAUCCCCCACCUAUAACCUGCAGUCUACCUCCUCGGCGGCUGCGGCGGCUGCAGCGGCGGCAGUUGCGGCAGCUAGUCUCCCGAACCCCUACCCCCUCCCUCCCGCCCUGCAGAACCUCUUCAACCCCCUUGGCAUGAUCCCACCCACCACAGUCUCGGGCACGCUGCCAUUCAGACCCCAAGACAGGUUCAUGUAACUCCCCCCAGCCUGGAACUAGCCCGGGGGAGGAGCUGUCUGGGGUAAAUGUACUGGGGUGUUUGAAAUAGCGCACCUAAGGGCAGGAUUGAGGAGGGGGUGUCUUGGGUAGAGGUCGCACAUCCUUACUGGGGUGUCUGAAAUAGCUCACCCAGGCAUGGAGGAGGGGAGGAUGUGUCUGGGGUAGGUGUGAUGCGUUCUUACUGGGGUGUUGAAGUAACUCACCCCAGGAGAGGCAUGGAGGAGGAGGGGUGGAUGUGUCUGGGGUACUGGUGGCAUGUCCUAACUGGGGUGUCUAUGAUAACUCACCCCUGGGUAGAAAUUGAGACAUGUCAUCGAUAGGGUGUCUUGUAACUCACCCCAGAGAAGGCAUGGAGGAAUAAGGGCUGUCUGGGGUAGAGGUUGAGUCAUGUCCUUACUUGCAUGUCUAAUAUAACAUACCCCAGGACAGACAGAAGAGUAGAGGUUGCCUGGGGUAGUUGAGAGGUCCUUGCAGGGGUAUCUAAUGUAACUUACCCCAGGACAGACACAGGGAGUAGAGGUCAUCUGGGGUAUAAGUUGAGAUGUCCUUGCAGGGGUAUCUAAUGUAACUUACCCCAGGACAGACACAGGGAGUAGAGGUCAUCUGGGGUAGAAAUUGAAACAUGUCCUUACUUGCAUGUCUAAUAUAACUUACCCCAGGACAGACACAGAAGAGUAAGGGCUGCGUGGGGUAGUUGAGACACAUCCUUGCUGGUGUAUCUGUAACUCAGCACCCCAGGACAGACACAGAAGAGUAAGGGCUGCGUGGGGUAGUUGAGACACAUCCUUGCUGGUAUAUCUGUAACUCAGCACCCCAGGACAGACACAGAAGAGUAAGGGCUGUCGGGUAGUUGAGACACAUCCUUGCUGGGGUAUCUGUAACUCUGCACCUCAGGACAGACACAGAAGAGUAAGGGCUGUCUGGGGUAAUUGAGACACAUCCUUGCUGGUGUAUCUGUAACUCAGCACCUCAGGACAGACACAGAAGAGUAAGGGCUGUCUGGGGUAAUUGAGACACAUCCUUGCUGGGGUAUCUGUAACUCAGCACCGAGGGCAGCACAGUGUCCAUGGUAAAAGUAUUGGAGACAUAUCCUUGUGGGGUAUCUGUACAUAGACCGCAUUGUAACGUCUGGUAAGGCAACACCAAUAUGUAUAGUUAAUCUUUUAAGGGCCUCUUCCUCACUCGCGGCAAAGUGAAGAAGUGUUAUCAUAGCCAGGCGGUGCAAAUCAUCACCUUGUAUCAUUUGCACCGACCUUCAUCACCAAAGUGUUAAUGUAUAUUGUAGUUGGCUGUCCAGCAGGCUCCUCUCCAAAGCCCGUACUCAUAAACGCCUCACACUCCCAUUACAACUGUUUCCUAACGCCGCAGAGAAGAUUAACCCAGUUUUCAUGGGUGGUAAUUUUCCCGCUCAAGAUCCAGAAAUCGUGUAAACCUCAGUAUACACCUGUUUGAAAAGAGUCUCAUAGAAGAAGUGUCCGCCAGUGGGAUUUUCAAGGACUGUUUUGUGAUCCCAGCCAUAGUUUUACAUGACCUCUGCAUCACCUGUUUGAAAAGCCUAUCAUAAAAGUUAGUAGUGGGAUUUUCAAGGACUGUUUUGUGAUCCCAGCCAUAGUUUUACAUGACCUCUGCAUCACCUGUUUGAAAAGCCUAUCUUGGAAGUUGCCACUGGGAUCUUCAUGGACUGUUUUGAGAUCCCAGCCAUAGUUAUACACGACUCCUGCAUCACCUGUUUGAAAAGCCUCUCUUGGAAGUUGCCGCUGGGAUCUUCAUGGACCGUUUUGUGAUCCCAGCCAUAGUUUUACAUGACCUCUGCAUCACCUGUUUGAAAAGCCUAUCAUAAAAGUUAGUAGUGGGAUUUUCAAGGACUGUUUUGUGAUCCCAGCCAUAGUUGUACAUGACCUCUGCAAUCACCUGUCUGAAAACCCUCUUGUGGAAGUUGCACUGGGAUUUUCAUGGACUGUUUCGUGAUGCCAGUGAUAGUUUUCCAUGACUCCUGCAAAACCUAUCUGAAAAGCCUCUCAUUGAAGUUGCCGCUGGGAUUUUCAUGGACUGUUUUGAGAUACCAGCCAUAAUUUUCCAUGACUUCUGCAUCACCUGUCUGAAAAGCCUAUCAUGGAAGUACCCGUUGAUAUUUCCAUGAACUGUUUUGUGAUGCCAGUGAUACUUUUCCAUGACUUCUGCAAAACCUAUCUGAAAAGCCUCGUGGAAGUACCCGUUGAUACUUCCAUGGACUGUUUCGUGAUGCCAGUGAUAGUUUUACACGACUUCCGCACCUCGAACGGAAAACCACCACCCACGAACACCCGGUUAACCUUCUCCGAGACCUUAGGAAACAGUCGUAAUGGGGGCGUGAUACGUUUACGAAAUCGGACCCAAGUCUUUUGGUUGUUACAAAGGGCUUAGUUUACCUAUUGUAAGUACUAACUGUUAGCGGUAGAAGUAAUGUUUCAAGUACAAAUGCAACAACAUGUAAGAGUUUGGUCCGUGGCGGGUCGUCACGGACACUGGUCAACACUGUAGUGGGGGAAGACUUUGUGUAUAGGGGGCACUUAACCUUACUGUCCUAAGUUUGUUCCUCUUGAGUGCAGUGGACCCUCUAUUUAUCGCGUUUGAUGUGUAGGAUUUUUCUAUAACAUGUCCUUGAGUUCAUAUCAUUCACACACAUAAC